CAGUCCAGUCUCCAGUCAACCUGAGAUCUCACGUUGGUGCGUCUGCUACUAUCUCUCUACUAUCUCUCAGCGAUGGAGCGCAAAGUUGCUCGGGAAUUCAGGCACAAGGUGGAGUUGCUGAUUGAAAAUGAAGCAGAGAAGGAUUACCUGUAUGAUGUCCUCCGCAUGUAUCACCAGUCGAUGGAUUUGAUAGUGUUGGUGGGGGACCUGAAGCUGGUCAUCAACGAACCAAGGCGCUUGCCCUUGUUUGAUGCCAUCCGACCUCUCAUCCCACUCAAACACCAGGUGGAGUACGACCUGCUCACCCCAAAGAGGUCACGGAAGCUGAAAGAGGUGCGUUUGGAUCGGACACACCGUGAUGGACUGGGUCUGAGUGUCAGAGGAGGGCUGGAGUUUGGCAGCGGUCUCUAUAUAUCUCAGAUUGUCAAAGACGGUCAGGCCGGGAAUGUCGGCCUUCAGGUUGGUGAUGAGAUUGUGCGCAUCAAUGGAUACUCCAUCUCCUCCUGUAUCCACGAGGAAGUCAUCAGUCUCAUCAAGACCAAGAAGAUUGUGUCACUCAAAGUCAGGCAUGUGGGGAUGAUCCCAGUGAAAAGCUCAUCAGAUGAACCCCUCAAGUGGCAGUUUGUCGACCAGUUUGUGUCUGAGUCAGGGGAGAAAAAAAGCAGCAUUGCAGGCUUGGCGUCCAUUGGAGGCAAAGAAAUCAAGGAGAAGAAGGUUUUCCUCAGCCUCGUGGGUACCAAGGGUAUGGGCAUCAGCAUCUCCAGUGGUCCAACCCAGAAACCUGGUAUCUAUAUCAGUAACGUCAAGCCAGGCUCCCUUUCUGCAGAAGUUGGACUUGAGACUGGAGACCAGAUUGUGGAGGUGAACGGGGUGGAUUUCACCAAUGCAGACCACAAAGAGGCUGUGAGAGUCCUGAAGAGCAGCAGGAGUCUGACGAUUACUGUUCUGACCGGAGCUGGCAGAGAUCUGUUCAUGACAGACGAGGAGCGUCUGGCAGUGGAGGCCCGCAGGGAGCUGGACAGGCAGGAGCUGAUGCACCAGAAGAGGGUGGCACUGGAGACCAACAAAAUCAUUAAAGAGCAGCAGGAGAAGGAGAAGCAGAGAAAGAUGGAGAUCUCUCAGAAAGCUGCAGAGGAAGAGGAGCGCUAUAAAAAGGAGAUGGAGAAGAUUGAGGCGGUGGAGAAGAAGCACAGCAGAGAGUGGGAGGAGGACUGGGGAGCCAAAGACAGGCCCAAGAGCCCUAAGAGCCCCCGCACCCCAAAGAGCCCAUCACCCGCCCCACCUGACACAAAAACCUCCAAGGCCAAGAGUUCUCCAUUUGGCUGGUUUUAUCGAUAUGAGGGAAAACUGCCGUCACUCCGCAAGAAAGGAGAAAAGAAGAGGAAAAAGAAGAAAGUGUCCAACACGGACACACUGCAGGAGCAGAGAAAGAACAAGAAGGAGAUGGAGUUUGAGCUGAAACUUGCCAAGGAGAAGGAAGAGAUGCAUGAACGAGAGAAGCAACUGAAGAUCAAUCGGCUGGUUCAGGAGGUCUCAGAGACGGAGAGGGAAGACCUCGAGGAGUCGGAGAAAGUGCAACACUGGGUGGAGCGUCUUUGUCAGACUCGGUUGGAGCAGAUAUCCUGUGUGGAGAAUGAAUCCCCAGAGCCUCAGGAAAUGCUGAAACGAAUGGUGCCUUUCAACUCGUCUUUUAAAUCAAACAGCAGACGACAAGGAUUUCAGAAAUACGAGGAAGGUUUUGAUCCCUACUCCAUGUUCUCCUCGGACCAGAUUGACGGGCGAGAUGUGAGACUGCUGAGAAUCAAAAAGAUUGGGCAGCUUGACAUUGCUCUGGAGGGAGGUGCAGACUCUCCCUUGGGAAAGUUGGUGAUAUCUUCUGUGUAUGAAGGUGGUGCUGCUGAUAAGCACGGUGGCGUUGUACCCGGAGAUGAACUAAUGGCUGUGAAUGGGAAGAUCCUGAUUGAUGCCACAUUGACUGAGGGACAAAACUCUCUGGCUCGGGCCUGGAAUAGUGGAGGGGACUGGAUCGAUGUUGUGAUUACUGUUUCCCCUCCGAAAGACUAUGAAGAUGAAGUAACGUUCUUCUAGUCUCAUCAACAGCCCGCCAAGAAAACCACACUAAUGAAGAAGCUUUUUAUUAUUGAUGAUUCCUUCAGGAUUCACCGUCACACUGAAGAUGGUCUUUUGUUUUUACUCAGCAUCACUAUAACCUCUGUGUCAUGUAUCAAGAUAUUGACACCUUACAGUCGACACGUAUCCCCACUGUCUUCUUUUGUUAAUCCGGUCAAUAUUCAGUUGUCUCCAGUAAUCUUCCUCACCUCUGUCAAGCCCGUAUGAGGUUGACCUCAUUUAGAUCCGCACGGCCACGCUGAUUGUUCCUACAGACAUCUGUCAGUAUAACAAUGAAGGGCAAAUUAAAACAGGCAAUAAUCAAUAGCAGCUCUGUAAUCUGCAUUUUCAAAGCCCCAAUAAAGGACUGCUCAUGAUCACAGAAUUGAGAUUCUGUUGUGCA